GGUUGGAUUUUGCAUCGCACCACCGCGGUUCUGCAGAGGAGCCACCCGUCCGUCGAAAUUGGUCAUUCGGUCGCGAAGGUGUCAAAAUAUUGGAACCUUUUUUUCGUGUGUGUUUUUGAAAAAUUAUUUUAGACCAAUUCUCUUUUCGGUUGCGGGAUUUCCGCAAGUGGACAAACACGUCGGGCGCGGUGUCCUUCGUCGGAAGCUUCGUCGUGCCCACGGUUCGGUCGCGGUUUUGACGAGCGGAAAAUUGGGCUCUGCAAGAAAUUGGCAAUAUUUUGAAAAUUUUUGCUCAGCGAAAAAAAAAGGAACGAAGAGAAGUGGUUCGCAACUCUUUGUGCGUGUGUGCGUCUGUGCUGACAUUAAAGUUCUUGAAGGACCAGUUCUUGGAAUAAAAUUAUUGGUCCGUUCACCGUUCUGCAGCUGGAGGAAGGUUCUUCUAAACUAGUUUUACUUCUUUGAUUGAGGUGAAGUUCGUUGACGGCUGGGAGGGGGGAAGAAGAAGGAGAAGGGGCUGCGCGGAAGGUUGAAAUCGAUCCGUCGUAGAAUUGACCAUCUGAGCAGAACCAGGGUGUCCUUCCAGCGACGGAAUGGCGGAACCAGGCGUAGCAUCGCCACCUCCAAACCCACCGCAGGAACCUGCCCCGGGGCUGGGUGGAGGAGGAGGAGGAGGAGGGCCAGGACCAGGACCAGCACCGCCCGAGGCUAACAAUGCCGCCAACAAUCCGAAUCCGCCGCCACCGCAGCCACCGCCGAGGAUGCGGAACAAUGCUCAGAAUCCGCUGAUUAACGUCCGGGACCGGUUGUUCCACGCGCUGUUCUUCAAGACGGCCAUCGCGUACGCCCAGAUGGUGCCGAAACCGGUCCGGCGAGCCAUCGAGCUGAUCAUGCUGCUGAAGGCGCUGGCCGCCUUCUUCAUCCUGGUGUACAUCCACGUGCACUUUUCGCAAACCCCGACGACCUGCCUGGAGCACGUCAAGAACGACUGGCCCCGGGACGGCAUCGUGCGAGUGGAAAUCAUCCGCCACAACCCGAACGCCCCCUCGCCCGUGACGAGCAGUUUGGCCCCAGACCCGAAAGCCCUGCUGGACCCGGACCAGCUGGACGACGGCACCGGGAACAUGCUGCGCAACACGCACAAAAACGGCAUGAUCAGCAUCGACCCGUCGACGACGUUGCCCCACGAGCAGCCGGACCAGAACCAAAACCCGGAACUGCCGCUGCAGAGCUAUGCCAACAGCAGUCCGUGGGCCGCGUCGCAGCAGCCCCAGCAGUCGCAAACGUCCGAGGUUUACCAGCCGUCGGCGUUGGUGGAGACGGCGGGUCCGCAGAUUGAAAGUACCCAGUUUGUGGGGGCGGCAGCGAGCAAGGUCGAGCCGGACAAGGUCGUCGUCGUUGAGGAGGAGGAGGAGGAGGAAACGCUGACGGAGGAGCAGCGACUGCAAAAGGACUAUGGGGAAAGUGUAGUUAUCUACACUAAUGAGACGAUUUUGAAAAAUUUGGAAAAAAUGAAGGACGAUCCGGUGCAGGCGGACGGACUGAGGACCGAUGUGCCGGAGAUGGAGAAGCUGAAGAAUGCUGUGUGGACCGAGGAGCAGUACAUCGUCGAGUACUCGCUGGAGUACGGCUUUCUGCGCCUCUCGGCGGACACCCGCCAGCGGCUCAACAUCCCGGUGCACGUGGUCCGCCUGGAUCCGCACGAGGACAAGUGCUUCGGCGAUUCGUUCUCGCGCUUCAUCCUGAAGGAGUUCCUCGGCUACGACGACAUCCUGAUGGCCUCGGUCAAGGUGCUGGCCGAGCAGGAGGACAACAAGGGCUACCUGCGGAACGUGAUCACCGGCGAGCACUACCGGUUCGUGUCGAUGUGGUGGAUGUCGCGCAGCUCGUACUUUGCGCCCUUCUUCAUCAUGCUGCUUUUUACCUUGACCAUCUCGAUGCUACUGCGCUACUCGCACCACCAGAUCUUUGUUUUUAUCGUGGACCUGCUCCAGAUGCUGGAGUUCAACAUUCCGGUGCGCUUCCCGGCGGCACCCCUGCUGACCGUCAUCCUGGCCCUAGUCGGUGAGUACUCCGUCCUAAAAUUCCCUCGAAAGUGACCACCACGCAAGGGAAAUUCGCCCUUCGGGAACAUCACCGCCAGCAUGUUUUAGGCCGCUCACACGCAAGACCCAUUUUAUCACCUGAAAUAUGGACCCCGGGGCCGUUAAUUCCUCGACAAUUUGUUAACUACCUUCCGGCCUGAAGGUGUGAGAGUGGGGGUGAUGAGGCACCCCGCGGCCAAGUUUCGGAACUUGGUCACGCAAGCCAAUUUGUUUCCAUUACGUUGCCAAAACGUCGUCGUCGUCGUCGUCGUGUGUGCGGCGUCGUACUUGGCUUCAUAAAUACUGCGAUUAAUUGCGGGACCAAGGAUAGGUUUUAGCCGGUACGGGACUCAAGGUGUGCGAGAAGGAGUGUGGAGUUUGGACUCUGGCAUCGGUGAUUUACGGGCAACAUUUGGGUAUGCCGUCUAGUGUAAUGGUUGGGCGAGGAAAUUAAUUGUUGCGUUUAUUCAAAGCAAUUUAUGUUUAUUCACUGCUAACGGUGUGAUGUGAGCUUGUUGUCAAUUAAAAGUAAUGCGAUUGUAUGUUUUUACUAGUAUACUUUAACUUAACACUCAUUUCAAGUUCCACACACUUAUGACCUGAAGGAAAUUGCAUGCUCGUCACCUGUCCAGAGACCACUCCCAAAAGUCAGCACUGAAAAGUCCAUCAAUUGGCGAGAUUCCAAUAUGUGAUGGUCCCUUUGUUCCCCUCGCUCGGUAUUUUGGGCAUAUUUUUGGCUUGCCCACAAACCUCGUAACCAGAUAUUCCAGAACCAGAACCGGAACCGAUGCACAGAAGCCACGCAGAAGCAUUCUGCCUCGAUGCUGACGCUGGGUAUAAAUUCCUCUUGGAUGGUGCUGGCCACGACGUGGUGGAAAACGAUUGGCACGGGGUGUCAAUAUCUUGUUUGGUACGGAACUGGCAGCGCAUUUUGAAGGGUUGCGGUCGGCCAAUGGAUACCUCUCAAAUCAUGCCAAUCAGCGAAAGUUGAAAUCGAGAAUUUUUGGGUUUGGGAGGGCACCGUGGAAAAUA